AUGGCUUCGGUUGGUGCCUGGGAAGUUGAUUUAGACGAAAUGCAACCCUUUUGGUCUUCGGUAGUUUACGACAUUCACGAACUGCCCCAGGGCGAACAACCCAAUUUGGAGGAGGCCAUUAAUUUUUACGAUGAAGGAGAAAGUCGGGAUACCAUCAUCAAAGAGUUCAACCAGGCCGUUGAAACGGGAAAACCCUUUGAUGUUACCUUGCGCUUUACCGGAGCCAAGGGCACCAAAAAAUGGGUACGCUCCAUCUGCAGCCCUGAAAUGGAAGACGGCAAAGUUCAUCGUAUUUAUGGCGUUUUUCAGGACGUAACCCUACAAAAAGAAAAAACGGAGCAAUUGCGACUGUUGUCGGAAGUAUUGAAAAAACAAAAGUCGCAGUUGGAGAGCUUUAACCAAAUUGUUUCGCACAAUUUGCGGAGCCCGGUUUCCAACCUCCCCAUACUACUUGACUUUAUUGAGGAAAGCGACAGCGAGGAAGACCGGAAAGAGCUAAUGACCAAUAUGCGCAGCAUUGCCAACAGCAUGCGCCAAAUGUUGGAUGAACUCGUGGAUGUGGCCAAGCUCUCAAAUAGCGACAGCGUGAAGGCCAAAUCACUUUCCCUCAAAAAAAUGGUGAAACAG